CUCUGAUGUCACCAUGAUUUGCUGGAACAUGGGUUGAGCUUUGAGCUGCAAAAGUAUCGUGAACGACAUCCGAGAAACGUCCAUCUCCACCGCAUCUUCUCGAUUCCUCAUUGAAGCCAUUUAUCUAAAUUGACACAAACCCAAAAACUUACCCAAACAAUGGCAUUCAGAGCAUUCAGGCCGGCAGCAGCCAUGGCUGCACGGACGACUGCCAGGCGAGGCUUCCACACGACGCGCCCGGCAUUCGUCAAGGUUGGCGACCCUCUACCGGACGCGGAGUGUUUGGUUGAGGGCUCCCCGGGCAACAAGGUCAACAUCGCCAAGGAGUUUUCGCUCAACAAUGGCCUGAUCAUUGGUGUUCCGGCCGCCUUCUCGGGCGCUUGCUCGACCAGCCACAUUCCUUCAUACAUGAAGCACCCCAAGAUCAAGGACGUCGGCCAGGUGUUUGUCGUUUCGGUCAACGACGCCUUCGUCAUGAAGGCGUGGGCAGAGCAGAUGGACCCUGCUGGAGACUCUGGGUUCCGCUUCCUGGGAGACCCCCAGGGAGUCUUCACCAAGACCCUGGACCUCGACUUUGACGGCAAGGCCAUCUUUGGAAACGAUCGGAGCAAACGUUACGCCCUCGUCAUUGAGAAUGGCAGAGUCAAGUCGGCUCACGUAGAGCCGGACAACACUGGAACAAACGUGUCCAUGGCCGACAAGGUUCUGGGAUAAUUUGCUGUAGGAUAUGAAGGAUUCUCGGUUACUCGUUCGCCCUUAGGAAAUCCGAAUAUAAGGACAAUCAAAGGACUCGAUUCGUGUUCGUCUCGAUGAUCGAUCUCGGGCAAAUCAGUUUGGUAGCAAUUGUGGUGGUCACGUGAAGCGAUCGCAACUUGUCCUUAGAUGCGUAGAAGGUUUGGAAUCCACUUUCGAAGCAUUGGACGGAUCAAUCAUGAACUUCGGUUUGGUGUUGGGAUAAUUCGGCGCCCCACUACUAUGUAUGUAUGUAGUAACAGCCAGAGACCGGACCAAUUAAUUACAUCACUUGUAGUUCUUUGGGGACAUAUUAAAAGGGGAU